UCGCCGCCCGACGUGUUCGCCGGCUUCGCGCCCCACCCCGCGGCCCUGGGCCCUCCGACGCUGCUGGCCGAGCAGAUGAGCGUGAUCGGCAGCCGCAAAAAGAGUGUGAACAUGACCGAGUGCGUGCCCGUGCCCAGCUCCGAGCACGUCGCCGAGAUCGUGGGUCGCCAGGGGUGCAAGAUCAAGGCUCUGCGUGCUAAGACAAAUACGUACAUCAAGACGCCGGUGCGCGGGGAGGAGCCGGUGUUUAUCGUGACUGGCCGCAAGGAGGACGUGGAGAUGGCCAAGCGUGAGAUCCUGUCCGCCGCCGAGCACUUCUCCGUGAUCCGCGCCACGCGCAGCAAGGCCGGCGGGCUGCCCGGUGCUGCGCAGGGUCCGCCCAACCUGCCGGGACAGACCACCAUCCAGGUGCGCGUGCCCUACCGCGUGGUGGGGCUGGUGGUGGGGCCCAAGGGCGCCACCAUCAAGCGCAUCCAGCAGCGGACGCACACGUACAUCGUGACGCCCGGGCGCGACAAGGAGCCCGUGUUCGCCGUGACGGGCAUGCCCGAGAAUGUGGACCGGGCGCGCGAGGAGAUCGAGGCGCACAUCACGCUGCGCACGGGCGCCUUCACCGACGCGGGCCCCGACAGUGACUUCCAUGCCAACGGCACUGACGUCUGUCUGGACCUGCUCGGAACGGCCGCCGGCCUCUGGGCCAAGGCCCCCAACCCUGGGCGGCGGCCCCCCGCGCCCACAGCCGGCCUCCGCGCGGAUGGGACCCUGGGGGGCCCUGGGGGGGGGGCACACAUCUGUUUGGCCAGCGCCGCCGCCCCCGCCCCGGCCUUGGCGCGGGAGUGCGUGGUGUGCUCCGAGGGCGAGGUGAUGGCCGCGCUCGUGCCCUGCGGCCACAACCUCUUCUGCAUGGACUGCGCCGUCCGCAUCUGCGGCAAGAGCGAGCCCGAGUGCCCGGCCUGCCGCACGCCUGCCACCCAGGCCAUUCAUAUCUUUUCCUAGCGGCUCGGCUGGCCGCCGCAGGCCCGGGGGGCGGCGCGGAGGGGGCGGCGCGGCGGGGGCGGCGGGGCCAGCCUUCACAGACGAGCUUUAACUUGGUCCCAGGCGUGGAGACGGCUGCCCGACGGCAUCUCAGUUCUUAACAAAUAAACAGUAUUGAGUCGACAGGUUAAAAUAAAACAGAGAGAAAAGGUCUGCUUGCACUUUUUAUUUAAGACUCCCCGCCCCCCAGGGUGAUCUUUUUAAGGAAAAAAAAAAAA